CUUCACCUCUCAUCACACUCUCAAACAUAUACAGUUUCACCAAGAUCGUCACUCGUUCAACCACUCGCUCCAGCACAUACAACUCCAACUCCAACUUCAAGAUGAAGAAGUUCUUGCUCACCGCCCUCUCAGCCACCGGCGUUCUCGCCGUCCAAUACUCCCCCAGCUUCCCCCUCCUCGCAGUCCGUCAAGUCGUAGAGGUUCCCUGCGCCGACCAGAACCUCAAGGACUGCGGCACCGGCUGUAUCCAGACCGACUGGACAUGCUGUCCUAGCAAGGCAGGCGGAUGUCCUCCUACAGCUUACUGCGAAGUCGGAUCGAACCAGCAGUACGGAUGCUGUCCUAAUGGCAGUAUCUGCAAUGGCGAGGGCGGUGGUACCACUCGUGCCGAUACGACUACUAUUGUCCAGGGUGGAGGCGGCGCGGAGACUCAGUCUCCUAUCUUGGAGGGAUCGUCGACUGCUGUUAUUGUUCCUCCUCCUGUUGAUACCGCCUCUGUUCCUCCUGUUGUUCCGAGCCCUGUUGCGCCGGUUCCUGUACCUGGAACGCCUUACCCCACGCCCAGCACGGUUAUUGUCAAUGAAGGAUCGUCGAAGAAGUUCAGUUUGGUUGGCGUUUUGGCCGGUAUUGCCGCGCUUGUCUUUUGAUCAAGCAACGUGUUCUUUGUCGCGAGAAGGGAAUGGGCUGCUCGCUAGAUUAGAGUGAUGGCCUUGGAUGCAAGGAUAUAGUUGCAGGACUGGGCAAACACUUUUAGUAAAUAACCUGUGACACGCUCAAGUGUCCAAUGGAACGUAAUUACUUGCAAUCAAUUGAGAGACAUUGCUGUACUUGCUGAAUUUCA